AAACCCCGCCUUCCGCUGGAAGUAUAAAAGGAAUUGUAAUAACCCUAAUAAAGACAUUAUAGACGCAAUAAAGAAUAAAACCACUAUGAGUUCGGGCGAAGACGUUAGACUGGAAGCUCAGAACGAGAUUAGGCAGACAUUGAAUUUGUGCAGUUUCUACGCGCGGCAAGUCGGGCUCUUCUUCACCGAUGACCCGCCGUCGAACUUGCUGCAGAAGUUGAAGAACAAAGCGGCGUUUGUUCUGUCAGCGGCUGCCCUGCUUCUGCUGGUGGCGGGAGAGCUGGCCUAUGUGCUGUCUCUGCUCGCGGCCAACACCUCCGUGGCGGAGUUCGUGGCCAGUCUGCACAUAGCUGGAUAUGGGUUUAUAAGUGUGGGCAAGAUGGCAAUAAUCUGGUACAAGCAGGACAUCUUCAAGCAGCUGGUUCGCGAGCUGGCGGACCUGUGGCCCGUGCGCAAGGACGACGGGGAGGCCGCGGAGAUCAAACAGAGGAGCCUUAACGCGCUGCGCUUCUUUCACAUUUUCUACACAGCAUUCACGGUGCUGGGCGUGGCGCUGUACAACCUGACCCCGAUAGCUCUGCACGCGUGGCGCUCGGCGCGCGGGGCCCGGUCCGAGCUCGGCUUCGUGUGGCACGUCGCCUACCCCUUCGACAAGCGACACCCCGUGUACCACAAGAUCGCUUAUGCGUUUGAAGUUUGUAGCGGAGUAUCCUCAGUGUUCUUCAUGCUGAGCUCGGACCUGCUGUUCACGGCCACCACCAGCCACAUCACGAUGCUGCUGCGGCUGCUGCAGCUCAAGAUCCGCAGACUGGCGCCGGAGCGCGGGGCCGCGGGGGGUGAGGCCGGGGGACGCGGGGCAGGGGGGCACUGGGUGGCGACAGAGGACUGCUUGACGGAGAUAGUGUCUUGUGUUAAAGUUCAUCAGAGGCUUAUUAAAUACUUCAAUGAUCUAGAGAAAGCGUUCAGCCUGGUGAACCUCAUCAACACAGUGCUGAGUUCCGUCGACAUCUGUUGCGUGGUGUUCGUUAUUGUGUUGCUGGAGCCGUGGAUGGAGGUGAGCAACAAGUUCUUCCUGGUGGCCGCGGUCACGCAGAUCGGCAUCCUGUGCUGGUACGCCGAUGACCUGCAGAGUGCUAGUGUGGGCGUGUCGGACGCGGUGUACGAGAGCGGCUGGUUCCGCUGCAACACGGAGUGCCGCCGGCUGCUCGUCAACGUCAUACAGCGGUCACAGAAGCCGCUCUACUUUACUGCAAUGAAGUUUAACAAUAUUACAAUGAGGACUUACGCAUCAAUCCUGACCACUGCCUAUUCCUACUUCGCACUACUGUACUCUAUGUAUAGUAAAAAUUAAAAGUAGUAUGAAAGCGUCUAUGAAGCACGCUUCCCCACAUUACCUAUGUAGUUAUCUAGGUAGAGUAGUGCGCUGUAUGUACAUGCGUAUAUAGUAUACCUACCUACAUAUAGAUACACAUAGCUAAGCAUAAGUUGUAGCUACCCCAGCCAGUAAUAAAUCAGCAUCCAACAUA